AUGGAUGAUCGAGCCAAUCAGGGGCGUUCAGAGGUAAUCUUAGGCAGGGCACUGAAGGGAAAGCGGGAUAACGUUGUAAUUACCACAAAGGUCGCUGCGCCCACCGGAUCAGGUCCAAACGAUGAAGGCUUAUCGAGAUAUCACAUUAUGCGCGAAGUGGAGCGGUCGCUCAAGCGGUUGGACACAGACCAUGUUGAUGUCUAUCUGGUCCAUCGCUUCGAUGAAUUAACGCCACUUGAGGAGACGAUACGAGCGUUGGACGAUAUCGUUCGCGCGGGUAAGGCGCUUUACGUCGGGUGUUGCAACCAUGCGGCGUGGCAAGUUUGCAAAUCGCUCUGGAUUGCCGACAAGCAGAAUGUUACGCCGUACAUGUGCGUCCAAAAUCUAUACAACCUGCUGAACCGUCAGAUGGAAGGCGAAAUGUUUGGUUUGGUAAAGGAUAUGGGAUUGGGGGCGAUGGCGUUUAGUCCGCUAGCGGUCGGUCUUUUCAGUGGAGUAUAUUCACCAGACCGUCCACCGCCACCGGGGACUCUUUUUGCGACGCGUGAAGACGAUUUUGCCCACAUGAUGGAAGAAAAUUCCGCGCGGGUUAUAACAACCGUUAGGCAGCUCGCUGAUGAAUUGGGAAAAACACCUGCACAAUUGGCUCUGGCUUGGGUGCUGUCACAUCCUGAAAUCACGGUUGCCAUCAGUGGUGCCGACACAAUCGAACACCUGAACGAUAAUAUUGGGGCUGUCGGCUGGACGCUUGAUGAUUCCGUCCGAGAAAAAUUGGAUGCUGUUUCCGAAUCGUUCGUCGGACGGCCCCAAGGAAGUUUCUAG